CAACACAACCCCUGCUAUAGUCCCCCCACCCCACCCUUCUCCUCUUCGGCCCUCGCCCCAAAUCUCCCAACCCCUGCCGUUGCCGCAAUAAACCGAACACUUCCAUCGCAUCCGAUCCCUAGAGAACGAUCGAUCGAUCGAUCGAUCCUUCUAUCUCUUCCACCUCCAUGAUUCCUGCUGCCGAUCUCCACGACUCCAUCUCCUCCUCCUCGGCCUUAUCUUCGGCCUCGACAUCGGGCCCCUGCCUGGAGCCCUGGCGGCCCGCAGCCGCAUCGACCUCGGCGGCACCGGCGGAUGCCCCCGUCCCCAGCUCUCGAGACGCCAGCGGCGGCGAUGCCGUCGCAGUGGAGCGGCGCGGCGACCACUCCGCCGUCUGCCGUUGGACAAUCCCGCACUUCCCCCGAGCCAAGGCGCGCGCUCUCUGGAGCCGUUACUUCGAGGUGGGCGACUACGACUGCCGCCUCCUCGUCUACCCGCGCGGCGACUCGCAGGCGCUCCCCGGCUACCUCUCUCUCUACCUCCAGAUUGUCGACCCCCGCGGCGGCGGCUCCUCCUCCUCCGGGAAUAAGUGGGACUGCUUCGCCAGCUACCGCCUCGCGGUGUGCAACCACCUCGAUGACUCCAAAUCCGUCUCGCGCGACUCCUGGCACCGGUUCUCCUCCAAGAAGAAGUCGCACGGCUGGUGCGACUUCGCUCCUUGCUCCGGCGUCCUCGAUCUGAGAUCCGGGUUUCUCCUUCCGUCAUCGGAUUCCCUCGUCGUCACCGCCGACAUACUGCUACUCCACGAGACCGUCGCCUUCAGCCGUGACCAUGAGCCGCAGCCCACCCCGGCUGACGUUCUUGGCGGAAAGUUCUCCUGGAAGGUCCAUAACUUUAGCCUCUUCCUCGAUAUGAUUAAGACGCAGAAAAUCAUGAGCCCCGUGUUCCCGGCCGGCGAUUGCAACCUCAGGAUCAGUGUCUACCAGAGCUCCGUCGCGGGGGUCGACCACCUCUCUAUGUGUCUCGAGAGCAAGGAUACAGAGAAGACUGCCAAUAACGUGGUCACUCCUGCUGCUCCUGCUCCUGAUCGUAGCUGCUGGUGUCUCUUUCGAAUGUCGGCCCUGAACCAGCGGCCUGGGUUGAACCAUGUGCACCGUGACUCCUAUGGACGCUUUGCUGCGGACAAUAAAGCCGGUGACAACACCAGCUUGGGGUGGAACGACUACAUGCGUAUGGAGGACUUCGUCAGUGCAGAUGCUGGAUUCAUUGUCGAUGACACUGCUGUGUUCAGCACAUCUUUUCAUGUCAUUAGGGAAUCGAGCAGCUUCACAAAGAACUCUGGGUCUCUAGUAGGCAUCAGUGGGGGUAGGGGGGUGGCAAAGAAGUUGGAUGGGCAUUUCGGCAAAUUCACAUGGAGGAUUGAAAACUUCACAAGGCUCAAAGACCUGCUUAAGAAGCGCAAGAUCACGGGGCUCUGCAUUAAGAGUAGGAAGUUUCAGGUUGGCAAUAGGGACUGCCGUCUGAUUAUUUAUCCUAGGGGGCAGUCUCAACCACCAUGCCACCUCUCUGUAUUUCUGGAGGUCACAGAUUCCCGCAGCACUACAAGUGAUUGGAGCUGCUUUGUGAGUCACCGGCUGUCAGUUGUCAAUCAGAAAAUGGAGGAAAAAUCUGUCACGAAGGAGUCACAGAAUCGCUACUCAAAGGCUGCAAAAGACUGGGGUUGGCGUGAGUUUGUGACUUUAACCAGUCUCUUUGAUCAGGAUUCUGGGUUUCUUCUUCAGGACACUGUUGUUUUCUCUGCUGAGGUUCUUAUAUUGAAGGAAACUUCUAUAAUACAAGAAUUUGGUGUAUCAGACUCUGAUUCACAGAAUGUGCUUGCAACAUCUCAAGUUGAUGCUAUAUGCAAGAGAGGAUCAUUCACAUGGAGGGUGGAAAGUUUUUUGUCGUUUAAGGAGAUCAUGGAAACACGCAAGAUUUUUAGCAAAUUUUUUCAAGCUGGGGGUUGUGAGCUCCGAAUAGGUGUCUAUGAAUCCUUUGACACUAUUUGUAUAUACUUGGAGAGUGAUCAGUCAUCUGGAACUGACCCUGACAAAAAUUUUUGGGUUCAGUACAGAAUGGCUAUUGUUAACCAGAAAAAUCCUGCAAAGACUGUGUGGAAGGAGUCUUCGAUCUGCACCAAAACUUGGAACAAUUCUGUCCUGCAGUUUAUGAAGGUUUCAGAUUUACUGGAAUCAGAUGCAGGAUUUCUUGUUCGUGACACUGUUGUAUUCAUUUGUGAGAUCACUGAUUGCUGCCCCUGGUUUGAGUUUUCUGAUCUCGAGGUUUUGGCCUCAGAAGAUGAGCAGGAUGCAUUAUCAACAGACGCUGAUGAUCUUAUUGAGUCUGAAGAUAGCGAAUGUAUUAGUGGAGAUGAAGAAGACGUGUUCAGAAAUCUUCUUUCACGAGCAGGUUUCCAUCUGACAUACGGAGAUAACCCUUCCCAACCCCAGGUUACUUUCAGGGAAAAGCUUCUCAUGGAUGCUGGUGCAAUCGCUGGAUUUCUGUCUGGUCUGCGUGUUUAUCUUGAUAACCCUGCUAAAGUCAAGCGCUUGCUUCUUCCUACCAAAAUAUCUUCAGGUGGCUGCAGUAAUAAGGAUGCUUCAAAGGGUGAUGCCAAUUCUCCAAGCUUGAUUAAUUUGUUGAUGGGUGUUAAAGUUUUGCAACAAGCUAUCAUUGACUUACUCCUAGAUAUUAUGGUGGAGUGUUGUCAACCAUCAGAAGUGAGAACUGGGUAUGAUUCUUCUGAAGCAAGCUCAAAAAAUUCUCCUAGUUCUAAUGAAGCUAGCAGUCCACCAGAACCCAGUGGUGAUAAUGAAUUGUCAACAGAAUAUGCAACAUGUGACUUUUAUGAGAGAUUGGGACAUGAGGUUGAAGAAAUCAAAACCACUUAUGGAGUACAAAGCUCAUUAUUGAAAACAUAUGAGAGACACAAAAGUAACCAGGACCAAUCCAUCUCUCCCCCUGAGACUUCUGCUGGCGAUCAACCAGCAGAUGAUCUAUUUAUUGAAGUUCCUAAGACAAAAUGGCCAGAGCAAUCCGAGGAGCUUUUGGAAUUGAUUGUUAAUUCACUGAACACCCUUGACAGUGCUGUGCCUCAAGGUUGUCCUGAACCACGAAGGCAUCCUCAAACAGUCCACAAGAUUAUUCUUGUGCUUGAUAAAGCUCCAAAGCAUCUUCAACCUGAUUUAAUUGCUCUUGUGCCCAAGCUGGUUGAUCCUUCUGAACAUUCUAUAGCUGCUUGUGCACUUCUAGACCAUCUUCGGAAGCCAGAUGCUGAUGACUCGCUAUGGUUACUGGUUUUUCGUGCUCUAUUUCAGUUGGAGUUUGACAAUGAGUUGGUGGAGCAUAUCCUAUAUCAGGUUUUUGAGCUGUUGACUGACUCCAAUGAUGAGCCUCUUGUAGCAGCAAUGGGUUUUAUUUUUAAAGCUGCAUUGCAAUGUCAACAUCUUCCUCGAGCCGUCGAAACAUUCCGUUUAAGACUUAAAAGCCUUGGUACUGAAGUUCCACAAUGUGUGCUGGAUUUUCUGGCACAAACUGUGCAUAGUCAUAUUGACUUAGCUGAAGCCAUUUUAAGUGGCAUCGACUCUGAUAGUGAGUUUGAUGAUAAUUGCACCACAUCUUAUAGUUCUUAUUCCUCUGUGGAAAAUAGCCUUUCGCCUGAUGGGCAUGUGAGGAAUGAUCAGGUUGUUCAUGGAUGUCAUCAUCACACCGAUGUUUACAUUUUGGUAGAGAUGUUAUCCAUACCUAGAUUGUUUGUUGAAGCUUCGCAGGUUUUUGAAAGAGCUUUAACUCGAGGAGCCGUGGGGUUGCAAUCAGUUGCUCUGGUCUUAGAAAGGCGUCAUUCGCAGAGAUUGAAUGCCAAAUCUAGGUCUGUUGUGGAUGAUUCACAGAACAGGCAAGACUUAGUAGAUGCAGACUUUAAUUCAUUGCCUGUCCAAGAAGAUGACUUCACAUCAGUUCUUUCUCUCGGCGAAGUAUUAUCUCUUUCCACUGAUACAAGAGUCCAGGACUUUGUGAGGAUGCUUUAUGCGAUAAUGUUUAAGAUUUAUGCUGACGAGCAUUACCGAUUUAGGAUGUUGAAGGGGCUUGUAGAACGUGCGACAAAUAUGCCCAAUAAUUGCCACACAGUUGAUAUAGAUAUGGAUGUCUUGAUAUUUCUUGUCAGGGAGGAAGAUGGAAUAGCUAGACCAGUUUUAAACAUGUUACGUGAGGUUGCUGAAGCUGCCCAAGUUGACCGUGCCAACCUUUGGCAUCAGAUAUGUGCUGUUGAGGAUGAAAAUAUUCAUCUUCGGGAGGAAAAGCAAGAUGAAAUUGUUAACUUUACUAAUGAAAAAGCUUUUUUGUCACAAAAGCUAAAUGAAUCAGAGGCAACCAACAAUCGUCUUAAGGCUGAGUUGAAAGCUGAAUUAGAGCAAUUUGCCCAUGAAAGAAAGGAACUAAAUGAGCAGCUAUUGGAAGUUGAGAAUCAAUUGGAAUGGCUUCGAUCGGAGAAAGAUGAGGAAAUUGCAAAGCUCUCUGCUGACAGGAGAGUUCUUCAGGAACACCUUCAUGAUGCCGAGGCACAACUGUCACAACUAAAAGCCAGGAAGCGUGAUGAGUUAAAGAAAGUAGUCAAGGAGAAGAAUGCCCUUGCUGAAAGAUUAAAAAGUGCAGAAGCUGCACGUAAAAAAAUUGAUGAAGAAUUAAAGCGUAAUGCUACAGAGGCAGGGAUUAGGGAGGAAAUCAGGCAAUCACUUGAAGAUGAAGUGCGGAGAUUAACAGAAACUGUUGGGCAAACUGAGGAAGAGAAAAGGGAGAAAGAAGAACAAGUUGCACGAUGUGAAGCAUAUAUUGAUGGAAUGGAAGCAAAGCUGCAAGCGUGCCAGCAAUGUAUACAUUCACUCGAAGCUUCACUACAAGAAGAAAUGUCACGCCAUGCCCCACUUUAUGGUGUGGGUGUGGAAACCUUGUCGAUGAAAGAACUCGAGACACUUACCCGCAUUCACGAAGAUGGGCUUAGGCAGAUCCGUGCCAUUCAAAAGAUAAAAACUAAUGGCCAUUCUUUGGCGGCUGGUCAUCCUCUUUCACAAGCGCAUGGCUUGUAUUCUUCAGCUCCUCCAGUGCCAAUUGGUAUUCCUCCAUCCAUAAUCCCUAAUGGAGUAGGAGUCCACGGGAAUGGGCAUAUCAAUGGCGGUGUGGGGCCCUGGUAUGGUCCCAGCUAAGAAGCAAAAGAUGUCUUUGUUUAGCUACUUACCAGCUGUCAAAUAUUUGGUAUGAUAGCUUUAUCCUCACUUAAAGGUCUUCUCCAAUUUACCUUUUCAUUUGAACUGGUAGAACUAUCGGAUCAUACCUGAUGCCAAUUUGCUAUCCUGUAUAAAUAAAAAUAGAAGCAACAAGUUUAGUUUUGUAAUAAUUGAAAGUAAAAGCAAAUCCGAUGGAGCUAGCAGUUACAAAUGAAAUAUUUCCUGUGUAUUUCGUGUCGCAAUCUCUAUGAUUCAGUUUUGCUGCUA